CUGAUAGGCUGCCCUAGACCUUCAACUUGAGAAACCUCAGGCUCUCUCGUGGACCCUCAUGAGCUGGUGACGAGAGGGGUAGCUGGCUGUGAUGAUGGCAAAGUAAGAUAUUGAUGAUGUCGUCGUCAUUUAUGGUGGCCCAAGCGACUGUUGAGUUGAGGGGGUCCCUUAAUAUGGGGAUGUCCUCCUUCGGUUGGGGCGCCCGCCGAAGCUGAUACUUUCUUCUCUCCGUCGAACUCUUACUCUCAGAAGGCGUACCAAGUUGAGGACAUUCGUUUUGUUCCAGAGCAGACUUCGAGGUCUUGAUAGCAGACUUCAAGGUCCUAAUUGUCUUCCUGUUCUUCACAUACAAUCCUCAAGCUACCUGCCCGUCUUAGCAUUCUCCGAAGAUGUUUACGAAACGUGCUCUCGCCUCUCUCUUCCUAUCUGCUGGGGUCAUUGGCGCCGCGCUGGAGCCCAGAGCUGACACUGCGUGCCCUGAUGUCUGGAACUACAUCGCCCGGGAGCUGAAGUACCAAUUCAUCGACAAAGAAGGCUAUUGCACCAACUACGCUCGCCAGGCCAUCCGACUGCCGUUCCAUGACUGCUUCCCGGGAGGUGGCUGUGACGGCUCCAUCAUUCUCACUGACGAGUGCUUCACUCGCUUUGAGAAUGAGAGGCUCAUCCCCAUCUGCAGCAAGCUCAGAGAUGUAGCCUUUAGAUACAAGGUCGGCGUGGCUGACUUGAUCAACUUGGCUGGUGCCAUCGGCAACAAGGCCUGCCGAUACGGUCCGUACACGCCCUUCUACACCGGGCGUACGGACAACCCGACGGCUGCCGUGCAGGGCCAGCUUCCCCCGCCGACCCUGGAGGCCCCGACGAUGAUCGGCGUCUUUGCCGGCAGAGGGUUCACGGCCGACGACCUCGUCGCGCUGGUUGGCGCCCACAGCGGGGCCAAGAACCACACCGGCGUGCCGCUUGACACCAGCGUCGGCAAGCUUGACUCCUGGACCUACUACAGCGAGACGCGCGACUUGUACGCGCCCGCCACGCUCCCCAGCGACUUCUUCCUUUCGCAGUAUGGUGAGACGCGUGACUCCUGGAAUGUCUACGCUGCCAGCCAGGAGGCCUGGGUCAAGGACUAUGUCAAUGCAUGGAAGAAGAUGAUUGUGCUGGACAACGAUGUCACCCAGCUAACAGACUGCACGCAGAUCGUCUUCAACGCCUUCCCUUGGGGGGACGAUGGUGAUGAUGAUUACGAGGACCCAUGCGUGGCUGCAAAGACUUGCUAG